AUGGUCAUGGCCGCAUCCCACGGCGGCAACCUCGGCGCAUCAAGCUCGAUGGCCCUCGACCCGGCAUCUAGCUUCUCUGCGUUCGCGCACGUGCUGCAGGCGUCGAAGCACCUCGACGUGGCGGCGAGGGUCGAUGCCAACCGCGGCGUCGCCCUCCUCUUCGCCGAGACGUGCGCGCAGAGGGCCCAGGACGCCCUCGACGACGCGGGCACCUACUCUGCCAACAGCCAGAACCUCGACGACGACGACCGACAGUCCUGGAUGCUCGAACACAACACGUGGACCCUGCUGCACACCCUCACGGCGGAGCGCCUGCUGCGAAAACAGGCGGCCGCCGACCUCGACCCGCAAGACUCUGACGCAGCCAACCCUUACGAUACGCCGCUCGUGGCGAUACAGUCCAUACUCGAAAAGGAUGACGAGCUUACCGAGCUCAAGCUGAUACGCGAGUGGCUGCAGGAGACGCUGCCGCCGAAGCACAUCGUCGAGGUACGCAAGGGCUACUGGACCUUCACCAAGAACCGCCUCCGUGCCGAGAAGCGGGCGGGGAGCGGUGGAGGCGCCAACCGGGUUCCCUUUGGCUCGGCGGCGGGCUCGGGCCUGGGCGCCAAGUCCAGGGGAAAGGCCGUCGCCCAGCUUGAUCCCGAUGCCACCUCUCGCAGCCAGGGCGGCCUCGAGCUCGAGGAUGCCACGUACGAAAAGGCGCUGCUGCGCAACCUGUUCGAGUACGCGAGGGCGGGCCAGCUCGAGUCGGCCUUUGAUCUGUGCCGGCAGACGGAUCAGAGCUGGAGGGCUGCCUCGCUGAGGGGCGCCAUGCUCUACCACGACCCCACCGUGUCGCCGGCGCUCGAGGAGCUCGAGAGCCCCAUCGGCAAUCGCCACCGCGCCCUGUGGAAAGCCGUAUGCCGCAAGCUGGCGUCCAACCCGAACCUCGACGAGUUCGAGCGCGCCCUCUACGGCUCGCUGGCCGGCGACCUGCAAUCGGUGACGCAGGUCAGCCAGACGUGGGAAGAGUACCUGUGGGCGCACAUCAAUGCCAAGCUCGAGACGCUCAUCGACGCCAAGCUCGACGCCACCAAGAGCUGGUGGAGCCAGGAGCCCGACGUCGAUGCGUUUGGCGAUGCCGAGUGCGGCGCCGUGCAGCUGUCCGAGGGCAGCACGUACGACAAGGAGACGCUCAGCCUCGACGCCAUCUUUGACCGGCUCGCCCAGACCCAGGCGCACGAUAUCCACGCCCAGGCCGCCGACCCCUUCCACGUGGUGCAGCGCGCCAUCAUCUCGGACAGCGUGCCGGAGCUGCUGAGCCGGCUGGCGGGCCGGAUCCACGAGAUGCGCCUGUCGCUGGAGCCGUCAAAGUAUGCGCGCAUCCUGCGCUUCUUUGCCCACCUCAUCCUCUACUUCCGCCUGCUGCAGCAGCCCCUGCCGGACCUGGCGUGCAACGGCAUCCUCUCGGCCUACGUCCAGGUGCUCGAGCUGGCGGGCGAGGACUCGUUGGUGGCCAUGUAUGCCAGCAGCCUCGAGCCGCAGAGCGCGACGGUGAGCUACGCGCACUUCCUCAAGUCGAUGGACGUCAACACGAGCGUCGAGGCCAAGCGCGAGGCGCUGAUGCGGGCGCACGAGCACGAGCUCGACCUGGCGGCGGUGGCGAGGUGCACCGUGUCGAUGGUGUUUGACGACCUCUUUUCGACGGUCUCGAUCGACGGGCCUUUCGGCGUGACGCAGUUCGACACGCAGCUCGAGCCCAACGAGGAGGCGCUGAUCGGCUGCAUCGACUGGCUCACGUUCUGCGAGCCCACGUUUGCCGACGCCAUCUUGCAGAGCAACGCCCUGAUGCGCCUGUUUCUCUCGACGGGGCGGCUGCAUGCGGCGCGCACGCUGCUGCUGCGCCUGCCGUACGACGUGCUGUCGCAGGUGUCGGACCUGGGCCUGCCCGAGGACCAGGCGGUGGAGCACGUCCACUGGCGAACGUUCUUCGACGCCUUUGCCGCCAGCGUGCGCUACCGCGAGUUCUGGACGACGAAGCCGGCGCCACUACCGCAGGGGGCGGCGGCGGCGGCGUCGUCGUCGUCGGCGCGGCUGGAGCGGCUCGACUGGAUCAAGGCGCUGACGUCGGUUGUGGACAAGUCGCGGCGGCUCGACACGGAGCUGCUCAAGAUGGACUGGCUCAAGCUCGACUUUGGCGUCGAGGACCUCGACGCCGAGCGGCGCGCCGACGAGCUGGACCGGAUCCGCCACAUCUACAUUCCCGAGACGGUGCUGCGGCUGCACGAGAUGCUGGUGCAGAGCGCCGAGGUGGUGCCGGCCAACCUCGGGCUGGCGCUCAAGCUGUCGGAGCUCGUGGCCGACGAGAGGUUCAAGAUCUACCUCGACUUUAUCACGCGGGAGCGCAACCUGCUGCAAGACUACCUGGCCCGCGUGCGCGAGGCCAGCCUGGGCCUGCUCGACCGGGGCGACGUGUUUGCCGUUGCGACCGAGGCGCAGCGCGAGGUGGCCGCGUAA